ACAAUGGCCCUACAGAAUUACUCCUUGGUGUCAGAAUUUGUGUUGCAUGGUCUCUGCACUUCAAGACAUCUCCAAAAUAUUUUCUUCGUAUUUUUCUCUGGGAUCUAUGUUGCCAUCAUGCUGGGUAACCUUCUCAUUGUAGUCACUGUAAUUUCUGAUCCCCACUUGCACUCCUCCCCUAUGUACUUCUUGCUGGGAAAUCUGUCUUUCCUGGACAUGUGGUUGGCCUCAUUUGCCACACCCAAGAUGAUCAGGGAUUUUCUUAGUGAUCAGAAACUCAUCUCCUUUGGAGGGUGUAUGGCUCAGAUCUUCUUCUUGCACUUUACUGGCGGGGCUGAGAUGGUGCUGCUGGUUUCCAUGGCCUAUGACAGAUAUGUGGCCAUAUGCAAACCCUUGCAUUAUGUGACUGUAAUGAGUCGGCAGACUUGCGUCAGGCUGGUGUUGCUUUCCUGGGUCAUUGGAUUUGUGCACUCCAUCAGUCAAGUAGCUUUUACUGUGAAUUUGCCUUACUGUGGCCCCAAUAAGGUGGACAGCUUCUUCUGUGACCUCCCUCUAGUGAUCAGACUUGCCUGCAUGGACACCUACGUCUUGGGUGUGCUCAUGAUCUCAGACAGUGGGCUGCUUUCCAUGAGCUGCUUUCUGCUCCUCAUGGUCUCCUACACUGCCAUCCUCCUCACCGUCCGACAGCGUGCUGCUGGUGGCAUAUCCAGGGCACUCUCCACGUGCUCUGCUCACAUCACGGUAGUCACGCUGUUCUUUGGGCCUUGCAUUUUCAUUUAUGUGUGGCCUUUCAGCCGAUUCUCCGUGGACAAGCUCCUGUCUGUGUUUUAUACCAUUUUUACUCCACUCUUGAACCCCCUUAUCUACACAUUGAGAAAUGAGGAGAUGAAAGCAGCUAUGAAGAAACUGCGAAUCCGACAGGUGACUUUUCACUGA